AUGUUAUAUUCAUAUCUCCCUACCCGUUCGUUACCUGGAUCUCAGGGGAAAAAUCACUCACCACAGUCCAGACGACUUAUUAGUUUGUUGUCAAAUAAACUCUUAACAACAAUUAUUCUCAAAUUUAAAAUUUGUCGCGUUAAUUUUUAUUAUUUUUUAAAUGAAACCAAUCCCUUUAUAGCACCAUCUGACACGACCAGUUGUCAUAAUCUAGCACGGAACAAAAUUACACAUAUGUGCAAAACUGGUGGCAAAUGUCUGCAUGUCUACAAAUAA